AGAGGCUGGCCGGCUUGCGAAGGAGCAGGAGCUGCUCUCGGCCCCUCCUCUGGGUCCCUGUGGGCAGGAGGUGGAGCCGCUCGGCUCUGCUUUUCCAGGCGGGAGAGAGGCUGGACCACAGCAGAGUUUCAAACCAAGUCAGUAGGACGGGAGUCUCCCCAGGACUCACGGCUGCUUGGAGGAGAGAGAGAUGCAGCUGGAAUAUCUCCAUCCGGCUGCUGCUUCCCGGUCCAGCCUGCCUCCCCUAUGCGAGGCUGGAGGAGGAGGAGAAGGCAGCCAGCUGGCCGUGGGCUUCGGCAGGUACGCAGCCCCAGAGCCAUUCCAGGGGUCCCGUUCGCCGCUGGCCCCCGAAGGGACCAAGCCACCGUACAGCUACAUUGCCCUCAUCACCAUGGCCAUCCAGAGCACCCCAGAGAAGAGGAUCACUCUCAACGGCAUCUACCGCUACAUCACGGCGCGUUUCGGCUACUACCGGGAGAACAAGCAGGGCUGGCAGAACAGCAUCCGCCACAACUUGUCUCUCAACGAGUGCUUCGUCAAGGUGCCGCGGGACGACAAGAAGCCCGGCAAGGGCAACUUCUGGACCCUGGACCCCGACUGCCACAACAUGUUCGAGAACGGCAGCUUCCUGCGGCGGAGACGCCGCUUCACCCGCAAGAGGGGCGCCGAGGGCCACAGGAAGCCACUGGCCAAAUGCCCGCUGUUCGUGGAGAAAGCCAUCAAAGUAGAAAGUGGUUCCGGUUCUUCGUCAGCUGCUGUGGGCCUGCUCCAGGGUUCCUGCCAAGAGAAAACACUGCCCUUAGAGGUGCCCGUCGUUGGAGGCCGAAGCCCCGGUGACCCACCAGGGCAGCAGUGCCUUGCUCCGCCGCAGCUGGUGCCCAAACUUCACCCGUACGACCGACAGGCCUGCUACCAAGCCCUGCUGGACUGCUCCCAGGCGAAGGAGCCAGCCCUGGAGGGCAUGCAAGCCAGCCCUCUUAGCCAAGCGGGCGACAGGAUGGCGCAGGCACCUGCAGAGGCUAAGGAGCCCCUUCAGGGCAGCCCCAAACCACCUCUGGGGCCUCCCAAGAGCGGGCAGGAUGGGAAGGUUUUUGGGCAGCUGGCCCCAACUUUCCUGGGCCCUAGCAAGGGUGCCCAGGCCUGCAGCCGCCAGCCGUCGCCUUUGGAAGGCCAGGCCUAUGCCAAGCCUGCUGUCUUGCCCGUCUUCGGCUCCCUGGGCUACUCGGGAGCCGAUUCCCUGAGCGGGAACUACCAGUGCCGCCUGCAGGCCCUGAACUUCUGCGUCAACGAGCAUGGUGGCUGCAGCACAGCCUUGGAGCACCUUUUGACAGCCACCAUGGCCACUGGGUCCUCGGCCCCCAGCCAGCCAGCCCCCUUCAUGCCACUUCAAGGAGAGCAGGAAGCCUGGGGCGGGGGGCCCUUCUCCCUCCAAGGGGGCAGCGGGUACCAGCUAGGGCUCCCCCACUGUCUCUACAGGACCCCUGGGAUGUUCUUCUUUGAGUGAUGGAGGGGUUCAGGGGGCGUGUUUCGGGACCAGACAGCACUCGCGUCCUCCCCGCCGGGGGACCAGGGCUCGACCCCCUAUGUAAGUUAUUGACUCUUGACUGGCAGAGCAAAGAAGGGACUCUAAAACAGCAGAGCCCUCCAGCUUCCGACCGGCAACGCUAUCGUCCCGUCCGGAUAAAAACAGCAACGGCAGCUCCCAGCCGGCGGAUGGAACCUGCUUUUUUUUUAAGAAGGAAAAAUUGGUUAGCGGAAUAAAUGCACUCCCCACUU